AUGACUACACCCACAUCUCAUGAAGCCCAUGUGCUUGUGGGAGUGACAGGUAGUGUGGCAGCGCUAAAGCUUCCACUUCUCAUAUCUGGUCUUCUGCAGAUACCCGGAGUUCAAGUGCAGAUUGUGACUACGGAAAAAGCAAAACACUUUUAUAAUGUAAAGGAAAUAAGUGUACCCAUUUACAGUGACGAUGAUGAGUGGAAGAUGUGGAAGCAGCGCUCUGACCCUGUUCUUCACAUUGAGUUGCGUCGAUGGGCAGAUGUCUUCCUCCUUGCUCCCCUUGAUGCCAAUACUUUGGGGAAGAUUUACAGUGGGAUCUGUGACAACCUAUUGGUAGGACAUCUGUUUCUUAAAUUAGAAUAG